CAAACUUAACAUGUGGUUCACGUGUUUUAAGUGUACUCACUCACAGGCAUGGCUGCUCAUCUCAUCGUUCUUCUCCUCUUCAGUGGACUCAAAGGAGUUCACAGCAUAACUACAGUCAAUAAAGUAUCAGUAACAGCUGGAAAGUCUGUCUCCAUCCCAUGUCUCUAUGAGUCCCAAUACAUGAACCAUGUGAAGUACUUGUGUGAAGGACAAUAUUGGACCUCCUGCAGCUAUGCAGUAAAAACAAACAAGCCAGACCGUUCAGGAAAAUAUUCAAUCUCUGAUGAUAAAAAACAGCAAAUAUUUACUGUGACUAUAAACCAGCUGACAAAUAAAAACACUGAUUACUGGUGUGUGGUGGAGAUUAAUGGCGGUUCGGAUCAUGGAGAGUCUUUUCAGCUGUUAGUUACCAGUGGUACCCCCAGUCUCUAUGUGGAUCAUCAGCAGAUUACAGGAUAUAUUGGAAAAAACAUAACCAUUAGAUGUCACCACAGUAACUCUGGAGGAAUGAAGUGGUGCAGGCUGGGCAGGAACUGUGUGACAGGAUCAUCUGGAUCCAUAGAUGGAACAACAGCGACCACUAAUAUGACAGAGCCAAAUGUUUUCACAGUGACCAUGAGUGGACUAAAGCCAGAGGACAGUGGCUGGUAUUGGUGUGCUGAAGGAGACAUUCAGAUACCAGUACAUUUAACUGUUACUGAGGAACUGAUCACUAGAGCAUCAUUUCCCGUAAUGAUCCUCAUCAUGACUGCGUUGAUCCUGAUUGCAAUUGUGUUGUUCAUCCAGUUUAUAUUGAGACGCAUUUAUUGCAUAUUGUUACACAGAGUCAGUGAGAGCAGUCUUGUUUUACUAGAGCAGAGCAAAGCAGAAUCACUGACUACAGUAACGGAACAGGGAAAUGAAGUAACAUACUCCACUGUUCUAUACAUGCAAACAACACAAGCACCCAAGCCGUCAUUUGCUGAAAGUGAUGUGGACAACAUGUACAGCUCUGUUUUUUAUCAUAAAGAAACAAAGUAUAAAAUGGGCAUGGCUGCUCAUCUCAUCGGUCUUCUACUCUUCAGUGGACUCAAAGGAGUUCAGAGCAUAACUACAGUCAGUAAAGUAUCAGUAACAGCUGGAAAGUCUGUCUCCAUCCCAUGUCUCUAUGAGUCCCAAUACAUGAACCAUGUGAAGUACUUGUGUGAAGGACAAUAUUGGACCUCCUGCAGCUAUGCAGUAAAAACAAACAAGCCAGACCGUUCAGGAAAAUAUUCAAUCUCUGAUGAUAAAAAACAGCAAAUAUUUACUGUGACUAUAAACCAGCUGACAAAUAAAAAUACUCAUUAUUGGUGUGUGGUGGAGAUUAAUGGUGGUUUGGAUCAUGGAGAAUUAUUUCGGCUGUCAGUUACCACUGGUACCCCCAGUCUCUAUGUGGAUCAUCAGCAGAUUACAGGAUAUAUUGGAGAAAACAUAACCAUUAGAUGUCACCACAGUAACUCUGGAGGAAUGAAGUGGUGCAGGCUGGGCAGGAAGUGUGUGACAGGAUCAUCUGGAUCCAUAAAUAGAACAACAGUGACAACUAAUAUGACAGAGCCAAAUGUUUUCACAGUCACCAUGAGUGGACUAAAGCCAGAGGACAGUGGCUGGUAUUGGUGUGCUGAAGGAGACAUUCAGAUACCAGUACAUUUAACUGUUACUGAGAAACCGAUCACAACCAGUACCCAUACUGUUACAGGAAAUGGAACAAAUACAUUAGAAAAUGAAGAAUACAGAGCUUCAUUUGACCCAAAGAUCCUCAUCAUCCCUCUGAGUGUGUUGAUCCUGAUUGUAAUCGUGGUGUUGAUCAUCUGGUUUAUAUUGAGACACAAGCAGAGCAAAGCAGAGUCAUCAGCCACAGCAAUGGCUGGAGAGGAAGUAACAUACUCUGAAGUUAGAGCCAAGAAAAGAAGUUCAGCCAAGGUGGACGAGGAAGUAACAUUCUCCAACCUGGAACACGUGGGAAGAAAAACACCUGAGGUACUUCCAGUUUCUAUGCGGAACAGGAAAUUACAGGAUUUCACGGAAGAAACAUAACCAUCACAUUUUACAGCAGAAACUCUGGAACGAUAAAGUGGUGCAGGCUGGGCAGCGGGUGUGUAACACAGCUGUCUGGAUCAAUAGAUGGAACAACCGUGAGCAUUAAUGAA